AGACAAUGUUAUAAAGAUAGGAAUGAAAAAUAAUUAAUAAAAUUGAGGAAUGGAUAAAAUAAAUUGUUGUUACUCUAAGAAGAGUUAAAGAUUUAUAUAUUAUAUAAUCAGAUGAGAUCUAAGUAAAUCUCAUGUUUGGUUGUUCAAUCUAGAGAGUUUAAGAACUCUUCAAGGUCUUGUUGAAAUUCAAUUGUAGAAUCAACUUAAUCGAAAUUCUUACUCAUCGGGUUUUAAGCUUCUGCUCUUAUAGUUUCGAUAAAGCAAACAUCCUCUUCAACCGAACUCUCUGAUUUAGCGAAUUCAUUUUUUUAGCAAAUUGGAUAUAUCAUUUUAAC